UUCAAAAAAGCGAGGGCGCUGGGUUUCCCCCGCGGGCGCCAUGGAGCCGCCUAGCCAGGAAUGGCUGCCUGGCGACUCACUCCGAGACAGCCACCCACAGGAGAUGGCCGAGCCAAACCUGGCUUUGGAAACCCCCAAAAGAGAAGGUCUCCCCUUCCCUGCCUUGGAAGAUGGGAAGAGCGUCGCCCCAGGCUCUGCAGCAACUGGGAGGUCCCCUCAGAACCUCCUGGAGGCCGGCCCAAACGCAUCCUCGGAGAACAAGGCUUCCGUCCAGCAAGAGGAGAAGAACAAUGGCCUCACUUCAGUCUCUCCCUUGAAUUUCCUGGAGGUCAGACCAAAUGCAUCUUUGCAGGACAAGGGUUCCAUCCUGCAUCCUGAGAAGGACAAUGGUCUUAUUUCAGUCCCCCAACUGAGUCUCCCUGAGGCUGGACCAAAUGCAUCUUUGCAGGAUAAGGCUUCUGUCCAAGAACAGGAGGAGGACAAUGGACUCACUUCCGUUUCUGUGAUGCCUGAAGCGACCUGGACGUCCCCCUUGAGGCUCCCGGAGGCCGGCCCAAAUGCAUGCUCAGGGGAUGAGGGUUCUGAUCCGCAUCCUGAGAAGGACAAUGGUCUUAUUUCAGUCCCCCAGUUGAGGCUCCCUGAGGCUGGACCAAAUGCAUCUUUGCAGGACAAGGCUUCUGUCCAGCAAGAGGAAAAGGACAAUGGCCUCAUUUCUGUCUCUCCCUUGAGUCUCCUGGAGGUCAGACCAAAUGCAUGCUCAGAGGACAAGACUUCUGUCCACAAACAGGAGAAGAGCAGCCUCACUCCAGUUUUUGUGGCUUCUGAAAUGACUUGGACGUCCCCCUUGAGGCUCCUAGAAGCCGACUCAAAUGCGUCUUCAGAGGACAAGGGUUCCAUCCUGCAUCCCGAGAAGGACAAUGGUCUUAUUUCAGUCCCCCAGCUGAGUCUCCCUGAGGCUGGACCAAAUGUAUCUUUGCAGGAUAAGGCUUCUGUCCAAGAACAGGAGGAGGACAAUGGACUCACUUCAGUUUCUGUGAUGCCUGAAGCGACCUGGACGUCCCCCUUGAGGCUCCCGGAGGCCGGCCCAAAUGCAUGCUCAGAGGAUGAGGGUUCUGUCCACGAACAGGAGAAGGACAAUGGCAUCACUUCAGUCUCUGUGGUUCCCGAAAUGACUUGGACGUUGCCCUCUUGGCUCCCGGAGGCUGAACUAAAUGCAUGCUCAGAGGACAAGGGUUCCAUCCUGCACCCCGAGAACGACAAUGGUCUUAUUUCAGUCCCCCAGCUGAGUCUCCCUGAGCCUGGACCAAGUGAAUCUUUGCAGGACAAGGCUUCCGUCCAGCAACAGCAGAAAGACAACAGCCUCACUUCAGUUUCUGUGGUUCCUGAAGUAACCUGGACAUCCCCCUCGAGGCUCCCGGAGGCCGGCCCAAAUGCAUGCUCAGAGGAUGAGGGUUCUGAUCCGCAUCCUGAGAAGGACAAUGGUCUUAUUUCAGCCCCCCAGUUGAGGCUCCCAGAGGCUGGACCAAAUGCAUCUUUGCAGGAUAAGGCUUCUGUCCAAGAACAGGAGGAGGACAACAGCCUCACUUCAGUCUCUCCUUUGAGGCUCCUGGAGGCUGGACCAAAUGUAUCCUCGGAGGACCAGGAACAGGAGAAGGAUAAUGGCAUCAUUUCGACCUUUGUGUCGCCUGCAGCUUCCCAGAUCCUGCCUCUGAACAUCCUGGAGACAAGACUCAGCACAUCCCCGAUGAAUACGGCUUCUGUCCUGUGGCAGCAGAGGAAGGCGGCUGUUUCUCUGGUUUCGGCGGCAACGUGGAUGUCGCCUCUGAGCCUCCUGGAGACGGGUGUCAACACCUCCCUGGAGGAGAGGACUUUGACCAAGGACAGCACAGCAGAAACAGACUCCCUGCUGUGGCACUUGUCUCAGGACCAGCUGCGCAGCCUGUCUCGGGAAGAGCUAGAGGAGCACCUGGCCAGCUCCCAGAUCGUCGUGGAAGCCCUUUCCCGGGAGAUCCGGGACUGCCUGAAUUCCCAGAGGUUGCCUGCCUGCGUGGGACCGGCGGAGCAGAGGGACGCGGCCACCCAGACCCCCAUCUCUGAGCCCAGCCAGGAGGUGCAGCUGUACCGUGAGAUGUAUGAGGCCCUCUGGAAGAGACACGACCCCCUUCAAAAGACUCUGAAGAACCAGCGUGCUCUGGUUGAGAGGCUGGCCACAGCCAAAGACGAGAUGAGAGGAUGCCUUUUGGAUUCCACGUUUCUCCGAGAGACGGCCGAAGCCUCCUUCCAACGCCUUCAGGACGACCGUCGCUCCCUUAGCCAGCAGCAAAAGCAGUUGGGCAACCUGAUCUCUCACGUCCGGGAGAGGUGGAGCCGGAUUGAGGACGAAAGGAAGAAGACCCUGAGAGACAAGGAGGCGGCAGACCACGUUCUGGAGUUGUUCCGGAAUCACGCCACCCAACGCAUCGGGCAGCUGGAGCAGGACUGUGGGUCCCGGCGGCAUCUGCGCUCCCUGCUGGUGGAGGCCAACGCACUCCAGUCUGAUCUCUCGGGCGGCUACGCCAAACACCUGGCGGAGGAGGCCUGCCUCGCGACAGCCCUGCAGAGCAACUGGGCGAAGAUGCGGCGCGACUAUGAGGCCAUGAGGACCCUGGCGGGCCGAUUCCAAGUCACAAUGGGGCAGAUGGUCCAGAAGAUGAGGGCAGCCCAGCAGGAGCUCGCGCAGCACCAUGAGGCAAGUCUUCUCUUGGGGGUGGCACUGAACCAGGGAGGAGGGUGUGUGUGUCUAAAAGGGCUGGAUCAGGCCCCCAGCCCCAAAUCCAGUCCUGCUUCUCCCUUUGCACCAAAGACACUUGCUCUCUCCCUCUAUUUCCCUGGUUCCCAGUGUUCUGGGGUAGACUGCCUCUGAACUUGGAGGUUCCACCAUAUCUCCAUAAUAACUCAUUGUGUCGUUUUCCCCACUAUACCUCCGUUCCGGGGCGAGUGGUGUGAGAUUUUGGCGCUGUUCUCCCCUCAAUCCCAAUGGCUGUUUGAGAUAAGACCAGUCCUUCUGACAAUAUUUCUAUGUUGGUGUUUGCGAACGUGUUCUGCCUUGUUGCCGUU